AUGAAGCCCUCUUCAGAACAAGCCAUAGCCACCACCAGCAUUGACAUUGAUUCCUACCCAAAUGAAGAAAAACACCAACCCAAUGUUCCCCUGCUCCUGCAACCAUCUUAUGCGAGAUCAAAAUCUAUCACCUCAGACGAACUGCAAAACCUUCGCAUGAGCCUUAAAUGGUGUGCUCUUGACCACUCUUCCUCCGUUGGAAAAUUCAUUUCCUACGUUUUGUUCAUAUUCCUCACCGUAGCUAUCCCUCUCCUCACUUCCCUCUUCGUUCGCGUCCCUGCCUCAGCUUCUCAAGACAACAACCCCUUUUCCUUCAACAAGCUUGUCCAACUACCAGAAUCAGCCCUCUCCAUUAUCGGCUUCUUCACUCUCUCCCGUUUCUUUCGAAGAUAUGGACUUAGACAGCUUCUGUUCUUAGAUGUGUUACAGGAUGACUCUAUGUAUGUUCGACGUGGAUACUCACGCGAGCUUCAGAAGGCAUUCAGAUACUUAGCAUGUAUAAUCUUACCUUCCUUCUUUGUUGAACUUGCGCACAAAAUCCUCCUCUUUUUGAGAGUGAAGAUUUCAGUCCCACAUAUCACCCCCGAUUUCCCUCUGAAUUCGGUUGUGUUUGCUUUGGUAUUGAUUUCUUGGGUUUACAGAACGGGAGUGUUCUUGUUUGUGUGUGUGCUUUUUAAGCUCACCUGCGAGCUUCAGAUACUGAGGUUUGAAGGGCUUCAUAAGCUUUUUGAAGAGUGUGGGUCUGAUUCAAGUGUGAUAUUCAGAGAGCAUGUAAGGAUUAGAAGACAAUUAUGGGUCACAAGCCAUAGAUACAGGUUCUUCAUAAUUAGCUGCUUGUUGACAAUCACCGUGAGUCAGUUAAGUUCUCUAUUGCUGGUUUUGGAAUCGAAAUCUGACAAGACCUUCUUCAAUUCUGGUGACCUUGUGAUUUGUUCAGCUGUGCAGUUAAGUGGCUUCUUCUUGUGCCUCAUUGGUGCUGCGAGAAUCACACACAGGGCUCAAGGGAUAGUAUCAAUUGCCGCAAGAUGGCACAUGCUGGUGACUAAUGCAUCUGGCGACGAAUCAGAACAGUGGAAAGCCAGUGGCAGUGAUUCUGAUUCCUCUGACAUAUACAUAUCAGUAACCCCACAACUACCCUCUUCUUUCCAAACCAGGCAAGCUUUAGUGACGUAUUUGCAGCACAACUAUGGGGGGAUAACACUAUUUGGGUUUCUACUUGAUCGAGGAUUGCUUCAUACUCUGUUUGCUUUUGAGUUCUCUCUGGUGCUGUGGAUUCUGAGUAUGGUGGCUGUAUAG